AAUCAUAUUUCUAUAUUGAUGUUAAAAUUAAGAAAUAUUGUAAUUAUGUCUGAUACAUUUCAAAAAGGUGUAAUAUUUACAACAUUUUUUUUGUCUUUAUUUUGUGGAAGUUUGGUUUGUACAUCUUUAGUAACAAAUCAUUGGAUUGAAUCAAAACCAUGUCGACGACUGAAUCCUUUAGAAAGUUCAGGUCGUAUUUAUUUUGGACUCUUACAUGGAAGAAAAGAACUGAAUGUUGCAUUUGGCUUAAGGACUCAUAAUAUUACAGUUUCGGACAUGAUUGAUAAAAAUCCCAAUUUAAUGUCCUGGAGUCUUUGGUGUUCUACUUUAAUUUCAACAUCGAUGGCUUUAUUAAGUACAGGAAUUGCUGCACUUUUAGCAGUUGUCAACUCCGUAACUACACCACGAAUUAAAAUAUUUUCGGUGCCUGGCAUUUAUUUUACUAACAUAAUUGCACUUUUUAUGUGUUCAAUUAGUGGUUGUACGUGGUUUAUACAAUUUUAUACUAAAUUGUAUACGAAUGUACUACCAAAAGAAGAUUUAGAUAAUUCUUGGACCAGUAAAGGAGCGACUGUGUUGGGUUUUUCUUUUUGGCUGGUUAUUGUUGCUGGAGUAUUACAUAUCAUUAACAUUUUUUUAAUUAAAUGGAGUUCAGUACGUAACAAAAAAGAACAUCGAAAAUCUUUUAACAAUUUAGAAGAAAAAUCGGUUGGUGCCAUAAUGUUAUAUUAGAUAAUACGUGCAGUUUAAUCUACACUAUUUUUAUGAGUAUUUCUAAAAAAAUUUAAACAGAUACAUUAAUGUUAUUAUUAUUAUUAUCGCUUUGUAUACGAAAAUAUGAGGUAGAUAUGA